GAGACUAUUUGACAAACAAACCAGCUAUGAGAACGUACUCAGCUGAGUUGAUGUUAUUGCAAUAGAUUAAAAUGUCUGCUUUGUAUUUUAUUGCUGUGUUAGCCGUCAACUUAUUUCUGUCGUUUGGCCUUAAAGUUGACAUGACCAGAGAACACUUUUACCAUGGGAAAAGUUUAUUUUGUGCACAACUCCAGUGUACAGAAAACAUAACAGAAGACACUCAGAUGUCAGCUCUUGUCAACAUGUCAGUCUAUAGGAUCAGUGAACCUGAAGGGAAGAUUUUGUUGGCGUCUAUUUCAGGAUCUGAUUCAAAGGUUCGCGAUUAUAAAAUAUCUGGGAUAUUAUCUGAGGGCAAACUAUCCAAACAUCACGGAGAACUGGUCUUGUCUUUCUCCAAUACUUCAGCCUGUAAUUUACACCAGUAUAAAUGUCAAGUAUAUUUUACCAAUAAGACAGGAGACAUGGCAAUGCUAGAGAAUAGAACAACGUCUUAUGAAAGAGAGAAAAUCAAGAAAUCUGUUUUGUUGAUGAAUUUGAAAGCUGAAACUUUGAACUACGUGAAAACUGUGGACACAAUGGCCGACUUUCUGAAAUCGUUUGAAGAUCCAGAAAAACUAAAAGGUGCAGACAUGUCAAUGUCCUUACAGAUGUCACAUUCUGCUAGAGAUGGGUACAGCGACGACACGGCUCAGAUUCCAUCAUCUACAGAGUUAAACAACAGUAACAGACACAUCAGCUCUACUAAUGCUAUAGACGUGCUUGGUGCUAGGAUAAAUAACAUCACAGAACACAUGCAAACAGUGAAUGCCAGAAUUAGAGCAAUAGACGUGGUUGGUGCUAAGAUAAAUAAUAUAACAGAACACAUGCAAACUGUGAAUGACAAACUUAGAGCAAUAGACGUGGUUGAUGCUAAGAUAAAUAAUAUAACAGAACACAUGCAAACUGUGAAUGACAAACUUAGAGCAAUAGAAGUGGUUGAUGCUAAGAUAAAUAACUUCACGCAACAAAUGCGAACAGUGAAUGACAGACUUAGAACAAUAGACGUAAAUCUCAAUGAGAGCCUCACAAGGAACAACCAAACAAAACUUAUGAAAGAAGCUUUAAACACAACUGUACAAGAAAUGAAAAACGAGUACGACCGGAAUCCUGUGUUUACUCGAACGAUACUUCAGUGUAAAAAGAACAACAACACUAAUGUACCAGAACGAACGUUAUUAAAACUUGAUAAAGACAAGUUGACUUUGUGUGACACAAAAAGUGACGGUGGAGGUUGGAUCAUAAUUCAGAGACGUGUUUUGGGAGACGUCAAUUUUACCAGAGAUUGGAACGAUUAUAAAAAUGGAUUUGGUUCAGUGAUUGGAGAUUUCUGGCUUGGGAAUGACUGGAUCUCUAACCUGACCAUGAUGGGCUACAACGAACUUAGAAUCGACAUGACUCAAAAAGGUAUAAAGUACUACGCCCAUUACGAUCAUUUCAAGGUAGACAACGAAGCAGCGUUGUAUAAAAUAAACAUCUCUUCAUUCAGUGGAAAUGUACUAGACAAACUAAACUAUCAUCAUGGUAUGAAGUUUUCUACCAUCGACAGGGACAAUGAUUUAUACAGCGAGCAUUGCGCUGAACGUUAUUGUAAAGGUGGCUGGUGGUAUAACAACUGUGAAUUUGUGAAUUUAAAUGGUGUCUGGGGCUCAAGAGACGAUAACGCCGGAAUCAACUGGGACAAUCUAUCAGGCGAUGGAUUCACCGUUGACACAGUGGAAAUGAAAAUACGCUUUAAGUUCUAA